CUACAAAGACCAUUGUACUUGUAGUAGUUUCGCUAGCAAAGCAGGCUACAAAAUGUCGGGGGAGGUGUAUCUCUUCUGGCUUUUCUCGCUACUGCAGACGCUGUCGGCGUAUGGGGCCGAGCUGUCAUCUGAGGCAUGCAGGGAGCUGGGCUUCUCCAGCAACCUUCUCUGCAGCUCCUGUGACCUGCUCGGGGAGUUUAGCCUGUUGAAGCUGCAGCCGAGCUGCCGGCAGUGCUGCCAGCAGGAGGCCCAGCUGGAGGCCCGUAAGCUCUUUGCUGGAGCCAUCCUGGAGGUGUGUGGAUGAAAACUUGGGAGGUUCCCUCAAGUUCAAGCUUUUGUCAGGAGCGACAAGCCGAAGAUGUUCAAGGGUCUUCAGAUCAAGUACGUCAGAGGCUCGGAUCCUGUCCUAAAGCUGUUGGACGAUAACGGGAACAUUGCUGAGGAGCUCAGCAUCCUCAAGUGGAACACCGACAGCGUGGAGGAGUUUCUGAGUGAGAAGUUAGACCGAAUAUAGAUGUGAAGAGUCAGAUUCUUCUUAAUUUUUUUUGUUUUGCUUUUUCCAUCUUUUUUUUUUAAACUUUAACGGACCAGUUCCUCUGAGCUUACGAGAAGCAGGGAAUCAAACGUUUGGUUUCUUUUUUCUAUUUGUGUAAAUUGACCAUUUAGUUAUUUACCAGUUUUUACACGACUUGGCCUUUAUGGUAGAUGCUUGUUAAAUCGCAGCUCCAUGUGACUGUUUUUGUAUCUGAAAACCAUGAUUUUUCUGGUGAGACCUUUUCCAAAAGACUAAUUCGAGACCCUAAAACAACACAAUUUUUCACAGAGUAUCACAGCUCACAGUGGGUCCAUUAGGAUUUGGAAAAACUUUCCCUCUGUCUGAUAUUCUUGUAUAAUUAUUUUUUUAUAAUGCACAACAUUGUGUUUGAUGGGUUUGGUAGAGAGGCUGAAUGAAUCCUUGUUCCUCUCCAUAUGCAGCUGUUUUUGCAGAGAAACACGUUAGUGAAGAUCUCACAACAAACCAGAUCUGGGAUGUGAGCUCUGAUGUCAGUUUGUGUUUUUAUUCUGCAUCUUCUGCUUUGAAGAUAAACUGGAUUUGUUUAAGAGGCUUGUUUACAAGCUGGAUGGAUGGAAUAAAUAUGCAACAAUAAA